GCGUUGCCCGGCAUGAGAAGCGCGGCUGUCUUUAUUUGCUGCCGUGUGGCGGGUGAUGGCUGACACCACCGCUGCUAGCUAGGCAAUACUGUACGAGCAACGGGGUUCUCGUGUUUAUUAACUGCUGGAGCUCAACAUCUACCGGGCCUUUAGUUACCGCCUGCUACCGCGUAGCACAAGCGUCCCUGUACCCACAUUAGUUACUUUUGCUCCGGUAUAAGUACAACGCAGCCUGCAGCUCGCUCUGAGCCAACACUCUGACCGACACAUACAUUGCCCCAACCAAGCCUUGCCGCACUAUGGCGACCCAAAUCAUCGACAUCCGGGUCGACACGGCCGAAUCCGAUAUUCUGGCCCAUAUCAAAAAGGGCCUUCGCCCCGAGGCCGGUGGUGAGAAGACACUGCCCACCUUGCUACUCUACGACCAGGAAGGGCUUCGUCUGUUUGAACAAAUCACGUACGAGGAAGAGUACUACCUCACCAAUGCCGAGAUCGAAGUGCUGGAAAAAUACGCGCACGAAAUAGCCCAGCGAGUGCCCUCAGGCUCCAUUGUCGUGGAAUUGGGGAGCGGCAAUCUGAGAAAAGUCAACAUAUUGUUGCAGGCCAUGGAUCGUCUUGCCAAGGACGUUGAAUACUAUGCCGUCGACUUGUCCCUGCCCGAGCUGCAAAGAACCUUUAGCCAGAUACCCAUAGAGGGGUACAGCCACGUCAAGUGCUUCGGGCUCCACGGUACCUACGACGAUGCUCUUGAAUGGCUCAAGUCACCUGCUGUCGAGGCCAAACCCAAAACGAUCCUCUGGCUGGGCUCCAGCCUGGGCAACUUUAAGCGCCAUGAAGUGCCGCCGUUCCUAGCCGGAUUCGGCCGCGUCUUACAAACCGGUGAUACGAUGCUUAUCGGCAUCGACUCGUGCAAAGAUCCCGAACGUGUCUUCCACGCCUACAACGACCGCAACGGUGUGACGCAUAAGUUCAUUCUCAACGGACUCAAACACGCAAACGCUCUCAUGGGUGACAGAACCUUCAACAUGGACGACUGGGAAAUCAUUGGUGAGUACGACGUCAAGGCCGGCAGGCACCAUGCUUUUGUAGCCCCGCGCAAGGACGUGGUUGUCGAUGGUGUCACAGUCAAGCAGGGGGAGAGGAUCAGGAUCGAGGAGAGCUACAAGUACAGCCACAAGGAGGCGAAGAAGCUCUGGGAACUGGCCCGCCUCUCCGAGAGUGCAGUGUGGGCUAAUUCAAUGGGUGAUUACGGUCUGCAUCUCGUUUCCAAGCCCGCGUUUUUCUUCCCUACCAACCCAGAAGAGUAUGCAGCCAGCCCCGUACCGUCCCUUGCCGAGUGGCAGGAGCUGUGGAAAUCCUGGGAUGCCGUCUCGAAGCAGAUGAUCCCCGAGGCAGAGCUGCUUUCCAAGCCAAUCAAACUCCGCAACGAGUGUAUCUUCUACCUAGGGCAUAUCCCCACAUUUCUCGAUAUCCACAUUGCUCGUGCCACAGACGGCCAGCCCACGGAGCCAGCCUAUUUCUGGAAGAUAUUCGAGCGCGGUGUGGAUCCCGAUGUUGAUAACCCAACGCAAUGCCAUGCCCACUCAGAGGUGCCUGAAGAGUGGCCGGCCGUGAAGACCAUCUUGGAAUAUCAACAGACGAUUCGAAAGAAUACAGAAGCGCUCUACCAGUCUGGAGAAGCAGAGAACAAUGUUCGCGUUUCGCGUGGAUUGUGGAUAGCCUUUGAGCACGAGGCGAUGCAUCUGGAGACCCUACUCUACAUGCUUAUUCAGAGUGACAAGAUUCUGCCGCCUCCAGGCACCAAAGUGCCAGACUUUGCGGCUUAUGCGGCACACUCAGAUGUGCUGGCGGUUGAGAAUCAGUGGUUCACAAUUCCGGAGUCUGAUAUUGACAUCGGCCUAGACGACCCGGAGAAUGAUUUCAAAACCAAGCGAUAUUUUGGAUGGGACAACGAGAGGCCUCGUCGCUCAGCACACGUGAAAGCGUUCCGUUCAAAGGCCCGCCCUAUCACCAAUGGAGAGUAUGCCACAUACUUGUUCCAGACUGGCAAGAAAGAAAUACCCGCAUCCUGGAGUGAAACGUCGUAUUCCAACGCAAACGGCACAACCAUGACCAAGAGAGAUAGCGUCAUCAAUGGUCAUGCAAAUGGCGACAGUGAUCCCUCUUACAGCAUGAUCGAAGGCAAGUUCGUGCGCACUGUAUACGGUACCGUGCCUUUGAGGUUUGCAAUGGGCUGGCCUGUUGUCGCAUCCUAUGAAGAACUUGCCGGUUGCGCACGAUGGAUGGGCGGUCGCAUCCCUACAAUGGAGGAGGCACGAAGCAUCUACGCCUAUGUCGACCGCAUGAAGCCAGAGUUUGAGAAGUCGCUCGGGAACACGAUCCCAGCAGUCAACGGUCACCUGAUCAACGAGGGUGUAUUCGAGACACCGCCAUCACCCCAUUUGUCCAACGGCAACUCUGGUGCAGCGACAAGUCUCAACCCACACGAUCUCUUCAUUGACCUUGAGGGGGCCAAUAUGGGCUUCAAGCACUGGCACCCAGUCUCGGUGGCCGAUAAGGGCAACAAGCUCUGCGGGCAAUAUGACCUGGGCGGUGUCUGGGAGUGGACUAGCACUGUACUGGAGAAGCAUGAAGGCUUUGAGCCGAUGGAAUUGUACCCAGGUUAUACAGCCGAUUUCUUUGACGGUAAACACAACGUGACGCUGGGUGGAUCUUGGGCGACGCACCCGCGCCUUGCUGGGCGUAAGACGUUCAUCAACUGGUACCAGCGCAACUAUCCCUAUGUCUGGGCCAGUGCCCGCAUUGUGGCGGACCUCUAGCGGAGGACUGGAUCACGUGAUUCUUCGGUCGUUGCGUUUGCACUCUCCUACUCGGGCAAAGCGGUGGCGCAUCGACGCGAAUCAUCGCGGCUCACCACAGCAACGCGGCAAACCGUUUCUUUGAGUCUGCGAAUGUACGGGCGCUGUGAUCAAUGUUUAUCCGCCCAUUCACUGUCCCUUCAGUGUGCUUCUUGCUGUUGUUGCUUCUUUCACCUCGUAGCCCCCUCGCUCUUUCUACACACUGCUUCUGUUAUGUAGUUUUGGCCAGUAACCAAAUAUGCAACCAACCACAA